UACACAGUAGCUGAGGAACAAAUUUUCUGAUUCUGUGGAAACGAGAGAGAGGAGAGAAUGGCGAAGGAAGAGAGUGUAAUGGGUUAUAGUAGCAGCAGUAAUGCCAAGAGAGCUCGAUUACAAUCAACGCUUUCUGCUCUUCUUGAUGAUCCAAUACUUUCCGAUGUGCCCAGGAAACCUAAUCUCACUGACGUUGACACUCUGAUCAACUUAGAAUUAGGCAGUGCUAUGAGAAUCUCCAUUGUUAAAAUGGAUGGAACUUCCUUUGAGGUGGCGGUGUUGAAUUCAGCUACACUAAAGGAAUUGAAGUUAGCAAUCAAGAAGAAAACAAAUGAAAUUGAACAAUCAAAAAUGGGUCAUCGUCAUAUAUCAUGGAGGCAUGUUUGGGAGAACUUCUGUCUUUCGUACCAUAAUGAGAAGCUAAUAGAAGACAAGUCUGUGCUUCAAGACUUCGGCAUACGUAACAAUUCUCAGGUGCAUUUUGCUCCUUAUGUAAAGUCAAAGGUCUCGCAGGGAAGACAUUCACGAAGGAGAAAACAUCGAUUCUUUCAUGGUCUUAGCAAGCGGUUAUGAGUCUGGAAACCAAUUGGUAACUCAUACUCUCCCAGUUGCACUAAUUAAUUAGAUUUGAGUUAAAUGACAGUUGAUAUUGCCUUUGAAUGCUGCCAAAGAUGCGAAGAAUGAUAAUCUCUAGAUCUCUUAUUGAAAUCAUCGUAUGAGUUGGAUUGUGCAUGAGGAAUUAGUGUAACUGAUCAAACUAUUUGCUAGUUUAUUAGGGUUCAUAAUUUGGAUUGUGAACCUAAUGGAGAUGAUGAGACAUUUGAGCAGUUUCUGGGUAGGACUCUAUUGGCUUUAACAAACCUAAUGAGAAGCUGUGAGAGUCUUUUUCUUUUUCUUUUUUUGAUUAAGUUAGGACUGCUGUAUAAAACGGAUGUAUAAUAUAUGUCGAUGGGUUCCAGAUAAAAAAAAUACACUUGCAUAUAUAGAUGAAUUAACGUUUAUUUACA